AAAAAUUCGAUUGAGCUAUGUAGAGAAAGUUCAUUCCAAAUUACUAAUGAAAAAAAAGAAAACAAAAAGAAAAAAAGGCUAAACCUGUGGUUUGGUUUCCUUCAUGUUGUACCCAAUACUUCACAUUGGUAGUACAUCAAGUAGCCAACAAAACUGCCAAAAACCAACAAGGGGAAGAAUUCGAUAAGUAGCAUUCUUCAUGCCGAAACCUAGUAAAAACAGUUCUAAAACUUCACCUUAUAAAGAUGAUUUUUUGGAUUUGAGUACAUUAGAGAAGAAACCGACGAAAAAUGGAGAUGCGAAAACUCAUAAAAAAGACGCAGAGGAAUUGCAGCUAGAAGAAGCCAUUUUUGGAAAAACCGAUGAUUUUGAAAGUCAUUUAGGAAACAUAAAAGAUGUAGCCGAUCAGGAAAUGGACGAAGCGCCUGGAUUAAGUCACGAACAUCAGGUUGGCGAAAAUGAUCUGGAAAAAAUCGAGGAUGCAGACCUUUUCGUGUUCGAUACUGGCGAAAAUACCCUUCAGAAAGUCAAAGAUGACAAGGAAAUGGAAAUGGAAGUUGAGCCGGAAGAACAAGAAGUGAAUGAGCCACCUGUCGCGGUUUGGGAAGACAGUGACGAUGAGCGUAUAACAGUUUCUUUGCAGGAUAAUACUAGACUGAGGAAGCUCCGACGAUAUGAAGGAGAAGCAGAACUCAACGGUCUACAAUAUACCCAAAGAUUGAGACAGCAAUUUGAAAGAAUCUAUGGUGUCCCUCAAUGGGCUAGACCUGAUGAAAAGUUGGCCGGAGAGGAUGAGGAGGAAAGCUCUCUUGCUGAAGACAACGUUCUUCCGACAUCUCUACGUCAAUUAUUUAACUCUUCUGUCUCUUAUGUAAAUAAGGAUUCACGAGUCCUAUUGCCUGGUACAAUCGACAUUAAGAGACUUAAAGAUGCAAACUUUCAGGCACCUUCUCAUAGUGGUAUUCGCUGCAUUUCAUUUCAUCCCUUCUUCCCUCUUCUAUUGACCUGUGGUUUUGACCGAACCAUCCGUAUUUAUCAGUUAGAUGGAAAGGUAAAUCCAUUUGUAACCUCCUUGCAUUUGCGUUCUUCCGCCUUGCAAACAGCUAUUUUCCAUCCAGAUGGAAAGCAUGUUGUCGCCGGAGGUAGAAGAAAAUACAUGUAUAUUUGGGAUCUAGAAUCUACACGUGUCGAAAAAAUCAGUAGAAUGUACGGACAAGAGGAUUUGCAACCAAGUAUGGAAAGAUUCCAUAUGGACAACACAGGAAAGUAUAUUGCUUUAGAAGGAAAGAAUGGUUAUAUAAAUCUUUUAAAUUCAAUUACUGGGCAAUAUGUUACUAGUUUCAAAAUUGAAGGAACCAUUUCUGAUGUCACGUUUACUUCGGAUGGAAAGGGAAUGCUUGUAUUGAGCUACGGCGCAGAGGUUUGGCACUUCAAUUUAGAAAGUAGGUCUGUGUCAAAGCGCUGGCAUAUUCAGGAUGGUGUUGCAACUACUCGUUUUUGCUUGGAUGGAAAUGACAAGUACCUUGCAAUCGGCAGUAAGAGUGGUAUCGUCAGUGUGUACGAUCUGAAGACGCCCAGCGACGAUGAUGGCUAUAAACAAACUACAUCUUUAGAGAAUGUCACUUUUAGCAUUAACUCGAUGGCCUUUUCAAAGGAUAGUCAAGUUUUAGCUAUUAGCUCCAGAGGUAAGAAGGACACUCUGCGAUUGUUCCACGUUCCUAGUUUCAGUGCAUUCCGAAACUGGCCUACUAACUCUACACCUCUUGGACGAGUAAGCUGUUUAGGCUUUGGACGUGGUGGUGAAUUAUGCGUGGGUAAUGAAGCUGGAAGAGUUGGUUUGUGGAAACUUGCCCAUUACGAAUAAGGCAAAAGAAAAUGUGCAACAUAGAAGUUUGUAUGUAACAUGGAAAAUAUUAAGGGUUUUUUUGGAUAUUUAGUUAGUAAUAAAGGUAUUUUAUCAUUCAAUGGAAUGAAUACUGUGGUUCAAUACAACAUAAAACG